AUGGUAUCAUUAGACGAAAAGGUCCCGAAUGUUUACAACAUAUUCAAGGGAUCCUUAGUUGGAGGUAUGAUAAUAAACAUAUUUUUAACACCUUGUGACGUCGUAAAGAAUUAUUGGUACUAUAACAACUCCUUGAGUAAAUGCAGGACUCAAAUGUCAUCAUUAAAUGUAGUAAAACAUAUAUACAAUAAAAAUGGUUUACAAAGUUUUUGGCUAGGUUUUACCUGGUCGACUCCGUUGACUAUAUUUGGUCAAUCGAUGUUUUUAUAUACUUAUGAUAACAUUAAGAAUUAUGUUUCUCCACCAAUUGCUAGUUUGAUUUCUAGAUUCAUUUCUCUUGUACUUUCUCAACCACUUGAUUGUAUGCGUACAUAUUACCAGGCAACACUAUACACAUCUCAGAGAGUCACAUUCAAAGGAAUUAUAAAGAACAAUGGUUUUAUGUCACUAUAUAAAGGAUUUAAUUCAACACUGAUUCGGGAUGUACCAUUUUCCAUUAUUCACUGGCCCAUAAAUGAGUUUUUAUAUGAUAAAAUAACAUCUCUGAGGGUAUACGAAAGAAGGAAAAUGAAUAAACUUGAGUCAGUUCUCAUUCCAUUUGGAUGUGGUACAGUAUCAUCACUAAUCGCAACUUUCAUAUCGCAGCCUUUUGAUAUAGUUAAAACGAACCUACAAACUGUAGGAGUGGAUACGGAGGAAGCAAAAAUACACCCAAACUCCUCUGGAAAGUUUAGUAUAUUAUCAGAAUUAAAGCGAAUAAGGGGUACUUAUGGGAUAAGAGGUCUAUUUAUAGGAGUAAUGCCGAGAAUAAUUAAAGUUGUUCCGGGGUCUGCUAUAAUGUCGGCAACAUACCACAUAUUCAACUGA